AUGGAUGAGGUGAUAGCCAAAGAAAUGCUCACCCUGCGCGGUACACCACGUUGGGAGUUGGCUACAAGGGAUGCCCAUCUGCGGUUUCCCGAAGCAGCCGAUACGUUCGCUUGCGCCCUGGGUAUGCCGAUAACUGAGGCCAACACGCCGGAGCUGUAUAUGUUGUUGCGCAGGACUCUGGCAGACCUGGGUCUGGCCGCUUACUCGGCCAAAAAUGCUUACCAGCGUGAGCGACCAUUCAUGGUCAAUGGAGCACCCAUCUGCACACCUGAGGAAGAGACGAUGUUGCGCGCUGACGGUUCUUAUCCUUCGGGACAUACCGCGAUUGGCUGGGGGUGGGCGUUGAUACUCUCGGAGCUUGCACCGGAUCGGGCAGCGGCUCUUUUAAACCGCGGCCGUGUUUAUGGCGAAAGUCGCAACGUCUGCAAUGUUCACUGGCACAGCGAUGUUAUUGCUGGACGUAUGGUUGGUGCGGCGGCAGUUGCGCGGUUGCAUACAAACGAGAUGUUUCUUGCAGCCCUGUCAGCGGCGCGGGAGGAGGUUGUCGCUUUACUGUAUGCGGUGCAAUUGCUGACCUGGCUGCUUCUGAGCUUGCCAACGACUGCGUUUGCGGGUUCUGACAGCGGCUUCUAUUUGGGCGCUGGUAUUGGCCAGAGCGAUGUCGAGAUCAGUGAUUUUGACGAGAGUGACGGGUCCUACAAAAUCUUCGGUGGAUACAAUUUUGGUGUUGUGCCUUUGAUUGAUCUCGCUGUUGAAGCGUCAUAUGUUGAUUUUGGUGAACCUGAUUCCGGGCCGCUCAGCGUGGAGCUGACGGGGUUGAACGCUUUUGGAUUGGCUGGAUUCAAGGUAGGACCGAUCGGACUUUUUGCUAAAGCGGGUGUAGUUGCCUGGGACGCAAAGCUGGCGGUGGAUGCGUUUCGUGAUGAUGAAAACGGAACAGAUUUUGCCUACGGCGCUGGCGCAAGGUUUCAGAUCGGCUCAUUCGCAAUCCGAGCUGAGUAUGAGGUGUACGAAGUCAGUGACGUAAGAGAUCUGGCGAUGGCAUCAGCCAGUCUGGGGCGGCGAAUUGAAGAAGUGGUGGUCACCGCGGAACGGCGGGAAUCCACAGUAUCAGACACUGCAAUUUCAAUUUCGGCUUUUGAUGAAAAAUUCCUUGAUGACUUCAAUAUAAGGAAUCAGGAAGACCUGCAGAACUACAUACCGGCCACCACCAUACAACCCUACGACGCGUCGAUACGUGGUGUCGGGCGAACCGCAAGAACCCUGGGCGGAGACCCGGGUGUGGCGACCUACUUCAAUGGCGUUUACUCCGAGGAUUUUGGCAUCGCCUCUACUGAAGGGGGUUUGAAAGACCUGGAGCGUGUUGAAGUCUUACGCGGUCCCCAGGGCACUCUCUAUGGCCGUAACGCCGUUGGCGGCGCUAUAAACUUUGUCUCCAAACGACCCAGCAUGGAGGAAUUUGAAGGCGAGGCUUCAGCCACGUUUGGCAAUUACGAUACACGCGAAUUGUUCUACAUGUUGUCGGGUCCGGUUAUCAAAGACAAACUGGCACUGCGGUUUACCGGCACAGACCGCCAUCGUGACGGCUACAUCGAAGAGACCUCUGGACAAGGUGAUGACAUCAAUAACUAUGGUGAUGAAAACUACACCCUUUCUCUGAACUGGACGCCAACAGAUCGGAUAUCGAUCUAUGCACGAGGCAAUGAGCGCAGCUAUCGGCGUAAAUUUAAUGGCGGUGCUGGCACCAUGCCCAUUGUCGUUGCCGAGAACGGGGUGCAGAACAGAGAUACAACCAGUCUGACAUUUGGUAAGAGGGUCAUCGAUCGCACGCAGACAACCAACCCCUGGCAGUCGGAUUUUUUUGAUCCAAGUAUGGAAAUAUUUUCAUUCACUAAUCCUGUGACCGGGGCCAUGGUGGAAGCUCAGAACGUGCGUGCCGGUGUUGAUAUUCGUUCGUCUCUCACGGCUGUUACAGGCACAGAUGCAAAUGGUGCGAUUGUGUACGGUAAGUCCGACCCAACGGCUUCUUCUACGUCUCCUAACUACGCUCUGGGUUUGCCGCAAAAUCGUGUUCAUGUCGCCGAUCGAGACAGCCUGGAUAAAAGCGAUCUGAAAAUUGACAGCAAUGGCCAGUACGAUGAAUUCUUUGACCAGCAGGCGCUGCAGUUUAAUUUUAUCUAUACCGCGGAUAACUGGGAGCUGAAGUAUCUUGCUGGCUAUACCGACUUUUUCUACGACCGGAAUACGGACGAAGACAAGACCGGUAACCUGCGACUCGGCAGUUCAGACUUUUAUGUGCUGCAGGAAAACGAAAACUGGCAGCAUGAGUUGCAGCUGACUUUCGACACGGAAAAUCUGUCUGUCACUACCGGCUUGUUUGUCUAUGACUCCACCAUCAACCAGCGCCUCGACUUAUAUGAUCCUAUCGAUACCCAGGGUCGCUACCAGGCUGAUGCCGACUAUUCCGGUCUGGCGGGCGGCAUAGAUGAGUUUGGCGCCGUGUUAGCGUUGUUAGGCGGGCAGGCUACUCCGCUGCUGGACAUCUAUGAUGCACAGGAAGCUUUUGAGGGUGGCACGCCACUCGCAGCAAACGGUAGCGUUACGUUGUUUGCGCCCUGGUUCGGGGAUACGGGAACCGGCUUGCGUGGUGCCCGGCACGACGGUGAAAGUACUCCCGGUACCUUCUUUGCCUGGGACAACGACAUUGAUACCCGCGCCUAUGCCGCGUACGCCCAGGCUGAGUAUGAUUUUUCUGAGAAGUGGGCGAUCACCAUGGGGGUGCGCUAUGCGCGGGACGAAAAAGAAGCCAGAGAGCGCCUCAUCGGUAUACAGGAAUCUCUUGGCCUGACCGCGUUUGCGUUGUUUGACGCAGGCAGUAUUUUUGCAGGCACACCAACAUUCAGCGGCCCAACUCAGGAUUACAUUGAUAACAACCCUGAUGGCUUUGCGGCCUGUGGAUCUGGUGCCAAUUUAUUGUGUCUGUAUAACGCAGUGAGCGGUGCGAUUGAUCCGACGGGUGCAACAACCAACGGCGGUAUUCAGAUCGGUGAUCAGGGUACUAACCCGGGUGACACCGCGGUUAGAUUUUCUGGGGUACCGAUUGCAUUCAAUAUUUACAGGCCGCUGGAAAACGACUGGGAUGUGUGGACCUGGCGAGCGAAUCUCGACUAUGAACCCACACCGGACACGUUACUGUAUUUCUCAGUGACUACCGGCUGGCGCUCAGGGGGUUAUAACCUCGGCUUCUUCUCAACAGCCACGCCGGAAUAUGAUGAAGAGAAUAUCAUUGCCUACGAAUUGGGCUACAAAGGCACGUUGUUAGAUGGCCGUUUGCAGAUCAACACGUCUGUAUUCAUGUAUCAGUAUGAUGAUAUUCAUACCAUCAUUUCACAGUCUGGCGGAUUGCUUGGCGUGAGCACCAACGUUGUGAAUGCUCCAGAAGCGCGCACCUUCGGAUGGGAAGGUGAUGUGUUGUUUCUGCUUGGUGACAGAUUUACGCUUGGCGGCAACUGGAGUUAUACCAACGCGGAAUUCAGUCAGGACUUCGAGGUCGUAGACGUCAAUAAUCCAGAUAUACCGGGGUCGAUUUUUACUGCUGCAGAGCAGAGUGUGAGCGGCUUUGAUGGCAGCAGCCUGCCGAAAAUUCCAGAAUGGAAAUUCACACUUUGGGGCAAUUACUCCAUUCCGCUGGGCGACUCAGGAAACCUGGAUUUCUUUUCCACGGUGGGGUACACCGACGACUUCUUCUUUGCCGCGCCAUUUGAACGCGAACUGGAUCGAGCACCAAGUUUCACGCGUUGGGACGCGCGUGCGGUUUGGUGA